CCCAGAAUAAACUUUGACCUAAAAUAACAAAAUGAAGCGUCAAAAACAGAAAAAAAAUGUCUAAAGAUAGAAGGAAGAUUUUGUGGAAUGUUCUCGGAAAAGUUUUUCUUUCUUCUAGGAAAACCGGAAGAAUUUUAAAACAAGGACAUGUAAGUAAGAAGAUUUUCUUUGCUGAGAUUCGCCUCAAUCUCCUCUCACAUUGAUUUAUUUAAUUCCUGUUAUGCUUUUUAUCCAUGGCUUGUAAAAGUUUGUUCUCAUAUAAACUCCAGGUAAAAGCGGUGAUGCGCAUUUAAUGCCAUGAGAAACCGUUCCAACUAACUGAUAACGACCAUCAGAUCUUUGCAUCACAAGCGGCCCACCAGAGUCACCCUGCGUACUAUCUUUCUGACCAUUCGCGUAACCAGCACAGAGGAACGAU